AUGGCGGAACGAGAAUGUCUUCCGACAAUGGAUCUGUUGCGAUCAGAGCCUAUGCAGUUAGCUCGGCUCAUCAUUCCCGUGGAAUCCGCUCAUCGAGUCAUAUCGUAUCUCGGUGAACUCGGCCUUUUUCAGUUUAAAGAUCUCAACAUGGAAAAGAGCCCAUUCCAAAGGACGUAUGCUACUCAGAUUAAAAGGUGUCGGGAGAUGGCACGCAAGCUACGCUUUUUCAGGGAUCAAAUGUAUAAGGCCGGUCUUUUAUCCUCAACAUGGCCGACACAUGGCUCAGAGAUUAGUCUAGAUGAACUAGAGGUAAAACUUGGAGAACUUGAAGUCGAGCUGAUAGAGAUGAAUGCAAACUCUGAAAAGCUACAACGUGCUUAUAAUGAACUUCUUGAAUAUAGGCUUGUCUUGAAGAAGGCUGGUGAGGUUUUUUAUCCUGCUCAAACCAGGGCUACAACUCAGCAGAGAGAACAUGAACAUCAUCGUGUUGAAAGAUCAAUUGAUAGUCCUCUAUUGUUAGAACAAGAAAUAACAGCCGAUCUAUCAAAGCAAGUUAAGCUGGGAUAUGUCAGCGGUCUUGUCCAAAGAGAUAAAUCAAUGGCUUUUGAAAGGAUCUUGUUUCGUGCAACUAGGGGCAAUGUGUACUUAAAGCAAGAGUCGGUGGAGGAACCUGUUGUUGAUCCUGUGUCGGGAGAUAAGGUGGAGAAGAAUGUCUUCAUUGUUUUCCAUGCCGGAGAAAGGGCGAAAAGCAAGGUAUUGAAAAUAUGUGAUGCAUUUGGAGCCAACCGUUAUCACUUUACUGAUGACACGGGAAAACAAUAUCAGAUGAUCACAGAGGUGACUGGAAAACUUUCAGAGCUAAAAACCACCAUUGAUGUUGGAAAACAUCAUUGGAGCAGUGUGGUACAGGCUAUUGGUCUUCAGUUUGAACAGUGGAACACUAUGGUGAAGAAAGAGAAAUCCAUUUACCACACUUUGGAUAUGCUUAGUUUUGAUGUGACAAAAAAGUGCCUUGUCGCUGAAGGCUGGUGUCCUGUUCAUGCUACAAGCCAGAUUCAGAAGGCGUUGCUGCGGGCAACCAUCGACAGCAACUCACAAGUAGGGGCCAUAUUUGAGGUUCUGCAUUCUAAGGAAUCACCACCUACAUAUUUCUGCACAAACAAAAUCAUGAAUGCAUUUCAAGAGAUCGUAAAUGCUUACGGGGUGGCAAAGUAUCAAGAAGCAAAUCCUGGUGUAUACACAGCUGUUACUUUUCCAUUCCUGUUUGCUGUCAUGUUUGGAGAUUGGGGCCAUGGUAUAUGCUUGUUUCUUGCAUCAUCAUUUCUUAUUCUCAAGGAGAAAAAAUACUCCACUCAGAAACUAGGAGAUAUCAUGGAAAUGGCGUUUGGUGGUCGUUAUGUUAUCAUAAUGAUGUCAAUUUUCUCGAUAUACACGGGACUAAUAUACAAUGAGUUCUUCUCUGUUCCAUUUGAGUUUUUCGGGCGCUCAGCCUAUGCCUGCCGCGACUCUUCCUGCAGGGAUGCUACUACUAUUGGAUUGAUCAAGGUGCGAAACACUUAUCCAUUUGGUGUGGAUCCUGUAUGGCAUGGAACCCGCAGUGAAUUACCAUUUCUUAACUCACUCAAGAUGAAAAUGUCAAUCUUACUGGGAGUAGCUCAGAUGAAUCUCGGAAUCAUUAUGAGCUAUUUUAACGCCAAGUUUUUCCAAAAUGACCUCGACAUCUGGUACCAAUUCGUGCCCCAGAUGAUAUUUCUCAACAGUUUGUUUGGCUACCUUUCUCUACUCAUCAUUGUGAAAUGGUGUACUGGUUCUCAAGCUGAUCUAUACCAUGUAAUGAUAUACAUGUUCCUGAGUCCCAUGGAUGAUUUAGCCGAUAAUCAGCUAUUCGUUGGCCAGAAAUAUCUGCAGAUACUGCUGCUAUUUCUGGCACUUGUUGCUGUACCAUGGAUGCUGAUUCCAAAGCCAUUUCUUUUGAAGAAGCAACAUGAGGAAAGACACCAAGGUGGAGCCUAUGAACCACUUCACACCCUCGAUGAAAAUCUUGAACAACAGUUGAAUAACAGGUCCCGUGGAGGCGGACAUGAGGAAUUUCAGUUCAGUGAAGUUCUGGUGCAUCAGCUAAUACAUACUAUCGAGUUUGUUCUUGGUUCAGUAUCUAACACUGCUUCCUACCUACGUCUGUGGGCGUUAAGUCUAGCACAUUCAGAGCUUUCCAGUGUAUUUUUUGAAAAGGUUCUGCUUCUUGCCUGGGGAUACAACAACUCGGUGAUACUUGCAAUUGGUGUGGUUGUAUUCAUUUUUGCAACGGUGGGUGUGCUGCUGGUGAUGGAAACGCUGAGCGCUUUCCUGCACGCUCUCAGACUUCACUGGGUAGAAUUCCAGAACAAGUUCUAUCAGGGAGAUGGCUACAUCUUCUUACCCUUUUCAUUUUCUUUAAUUAACGACGACGAAGAAUGAAUCAUGAAAAACAAUUUCCACAUUGGAUACAGCUGAUGAUGCAUUUGGUGCUAGAAUUUGCAAUAAUAUAAAGGAGUGUUCCAAGUUU